UCAGAUGAUGUUUUCCUGGAAACAGUAUAUGCCAUCAUAACCUUUGAUACUGUACCUUGCGACACGGCAAAUAAAUUGGCAACUUCAGUCACAGAGGCACCAGCUAAGCGGGCAUCAACAAUCUGCCCUCUUUGAAGCUCAGUAAGCUCUGACAUGACUCCGUAUUACUAGCAGCGCAGUGCAGUGAAUGAUGAAAGUAAGGCUUCCCACCUGUUAGCUAGGUGUCUCAUCACACAGCGUAAGCAAAAGAAUGUUACAUAAUUUCCGCUUUCAACGCAAAACAUGUUGUCACUUUCACACCUGCAAAUCGU